GUGUAAUGAACGCAUAGUAUUUUCUAUGAGAUGUACGUCGCUUUGGAGAAAAGCGUCUAUGAUAAAUGAAUACAUGUAAAUGUAAUACAUCCUAAUGGCAUUUUCCCUCUUUUACUCCGCCCCGAUAUAAGUAUUUCACUCUUCCACAGUUCCAUAUGGCCAGUAUGCAAUGAGAUGCUUCACAGUGUCCAAAGUGCUGCUUUUGGCCUGAAAUCUUUACGCUGCAUUUAUUUAUUUUUUCAAAGUGAUUACUGACAGCUGUUUAGCGAUUUGUACAACAGGGUAUUUUUUACUGCAGCGAAUCAGGGUAAGUACCGUCCUCAGGGGUAGUGCAGCAGGAGGCGGGAGUCAAACCUUGGACCUUUGAGUGCAAGUCAGCAGCUCGAACCGCUUUUUCUACCUGCGGUUCGCUCUGGUUUCAUACAUUAUCCUCACACAGUAGUUCUCCUGCUACGUCCAUUAACCUUAGUGCCCGUAAAAGUGAAAGCAGUUGCAGUUGCAGUUGCAAGCUGCAAACCUCUAGCAGAAGGUGCUUUGGGGAAAAUGAACCGCAGCACAGUCUUGUGUAACUUUUAAGGCUCUGUUAAGUCUUUGUUCCCUCGGAUAAGACAUCUGCGGCGCUGACGGCUACUAAUUCGGUGUUUUCAUUCGCGUAUGAAACGGAAAAACCACAUGUAAGGAUUUGUGUACAGCGCCUCGUGGUUUACUGCGCAAGGACGAUAUUAAGUCUGUAAAACAAAAGCUUCAAAGGGUUUUCCCAGCGGUACGGAAAGGCGGAUCUCCUUGCCUUUUUUUCUCGAAUUUCCUCUUUCUUGCUUCAUUUGGCGUUUCGUGGAGCGAAGUGAAUCUCGCUACCUUCACCCGAUUUUCUCGUUUUUCUCCGUGCCGUCGAAGGGCGACCGAAUCGGAGAAGAGGCGAAGGGCAGAGGUUCCGUCGCGCGGUUCGGCCUCGCAUCUCGCCCCGAGCGUUCGCUCUUCGCUCGGCACGCUUGGAGACGAGGGACAAGAACAGCGCCGAGGCUGCGGACCGGAGAGUUUUGGGCGACUACCAGGAUUUGGGUCCUCUCUCCUGCUUUGAAGUGAUCACCGGGACACGCCGAGCAGACAUGAGCUUCGAGAGGAGAACAUCCGACGCGCGACCCCUCCGGCCGCUGGAAGUCGCCGCUGUGUCGAUGCCAUCCGUUUCCCUGGCAACGUAGAAUCUCGCACGAGAAGGUUUUAGCGGACUGCUUUGGGGCGGAGGCGGCCAGGUCGCCGAGGUGUGGCCCUUUUUGGCGCAGAAAGUCAUACCACCCUGUUUAAGAUUCCCCCAUCAACCCUCUGCAAUGGUGACAUGAAGAUUCCUCAGUGUGGAAAAAAAGACUUAUAAGCUUUGCUCACAUUACCUGAUUUUUUUUCUUUUUUUUUUUUUUUUUUUUUUAAAUUUACAGCCAUUGCUACAUUGCCGUUCUUGCGCGAACCUGGUAGAUUAAGUGGAGGUGCUGUCGCCCGUUCGGUCCACUCUGGGCUGGCGUCUGGGGGCGGCGGACCAUGCUGGUCUGCGGGCUCGUGCGGCGGCUCUUCCGCCAGCUCACCCUGCAGACCAGCCUCCUCUUGCUUUUCAUCUUCUGCAUGGCCAGCGUGUUCAUCUCUGCUUACUUCCUGUACGCCGUCAAGCGGGAUUUGGAGCCCGCCGGAGGGGCGGGAUCGGAAGGUGCGGUCGACUGCGACGGCCUCCGCUCCGACCCUUCGCGACAGCCUCUUCCAAGAACGGUGCUCCCCUCGGACAGUUCGCGCACAGACCCCGUGGUGCUGGUGUUCGUGGAGAGCCUCUACUCCCAACUAGGGCAGGAGAUCGUAGCCAUCCUUGAGUCGAGCCGCUUCAAGUACCGCACUGAGAUAUCCCCCGGGAAGGGUGACAUGCCCACCCUCACCGACAAGGACCGUGGCCGUUUUAAACUGGUCAUCUACGAGAACCUCCUCAAGUACGUCAAUCUGGACGCCUGGAACCGGGAGUUGCUGGACAAGUACUGCGUGGAGUACGGGGUCGGCAUCGUCGGCUUCUUCAAGGCCAAUGAGAACAGCCUGCUGAGUGCCCAGCUGAAAGGCUUUCCCCUCUUCCUGCACUCGAACUUGGGCUUGAAGGACUGCGCCGUGAACCCCAAAUCGCCGCUGCUCGACAUCACCCGAGCCCGGGGGGCGGAGCGAGGCCCGUUGCCCGGGGACGACUGGACCGUCUUCCAGUCCAACCACUCCACCUACGAGCCGGUGCUGCUGGCCAAGACGAGAUCGGCGGAGAGCGUGGCCGCGGUCGGCGGGGGAGCAGCCUCGCACGCCACCGUGGUACAGGACCUCGGCCUCCAUGACGGCAUCCAGCGAGUCCUCUUUGGCCACAACCUCAGCUUCUGGCUCCACAAGCUGGUCUUUGUGGACGCCGUGUCUUUCCUCACAGGAAAAAGCCUGUCGCUGUCCCUCGACCGCUACAUGCUGGUCGACAUCGAUGACAUAUUCGUGGGCAAGGAGGGCACCCGUAUGAAGGUGUCAGAUGUCAAGGCCCUGCUGGAGACCCAGAACGACCUCCGCACUUCCGUGCCCAACUUCACCUUCAACCUGGGAUACUCGGGGAAAUUUUUCCAUGCGGGCACAGACGAGGAGGACUUGGGUGACGACCUGCUCCUGUCCUGCGCUUCCGAGUUCUGGUGGUUCCCCCACAUGUGGAACCACAUGCAGCCCCACCUCUUCCACAACCAGAGCGUGUUGGCCGAGCAGAUGCUGCUCAACAAGAAGUUCGCCACGGAGCAUGGGAUCCCCACUAACAUGGGCUACGCGGUGGCACCCCACCACUCGGGCGUCUAUCCUGUCCACGUGCAGCUAUAUGAGGCCUGGAAGAAGGUGUGGGGCAUCAAGGUGACCAGCACGGAGGAGUACCCUCACCUGAAGCCUGCGCGCUUUCGACGAGGUUUCAUCCACAAUGGUAUCAGUGUGCUGCCCAGACAGACUUGCGGUCUGUUCACUCACACCAUAUUCCAUAAGGAGUACCCGGGAGGCCCCAGGGAGCUGGACAAGUUGAUCAGUGGUGGCGAGCUCUUCCUCACUAUCCUGCUAAACCCCAUCAGCAUCUUCAUGACCCACCUGUCCAAUUAUGGCAACGACCGCUUGGGUCUCUAUACCUUCAAGAACCUGGUCAAGUUCUUGCGGACUUGGACCAAUCUAAAGCUGCAGACUCUGCCUCCACUGCAGCUGGCCCAGCGUUACUUCCAGAUAUUCCCACAGGAACGGGACCCUGUUUGGCAGGAUCCCUGCGAGGACAAAAGACACAAAGACAUCUGGUCCAAAGAGAAGACGUGUGAUCGAUUCCCAAAGCUGCUGAUCAUUGGACCUCAGAAGACAGGUACAACUGCUCUCUAUCUCUUUCUGGGGAUGCAUCCUGACAUGACCAGCAACUACCCCAGUCGAGAAACCUUUGAGGAGAUCCAAUUCUUCAAUGGCCACAACUACCACAAAGGAAUUGACUGGUACAUGGAGUUCUUUCCCCUGCCCUCGAACACCAGCUCAGACUUCUACUUUGAAAAGAGUGCAAACUACUUUGAUUCAGAGGUGGCUGCGUAUCGGGCUGCAGCCCUCCUGCCCAAAGCCAAAAUCAUCACCAUCCUCAUCAGCCCUGCAGACCGGGCCUACUCCUGGUACCAGCACCAGAGAGCCCACGGCGACGCGGUGGCCUUGAAGUACACCUUCCAUGACAUCAUCACGGCGGACAGACGCGCCCCUGCCAAAGUGCGCGUCCUCCAGAACCGCUGUCUCGUUCCGGGCCUUUACGCCACGCACCUGGAGCGCUGGCUCAGCCGCUACCACUCCAGUCAGGUCCUGGUUUUGGACGGCCAGCUACUCAGAAGCGAGCCUGCAUCCGUGAUGGAUAAAGUGCAGAAGUUCCUUGGGCUCGCAAACAUAGUAAAUUACCACAAGAUCCUGGCUUUUGAUCCCAAGAAGGGCUUCUGGUGUCAGCUGCUGGACGGAGGGAAGACAAAGUGCCUGGGAAAAAGUAAAGGCAGGAAGUACCCAGACAUGGACUCAGAUUCCCGGUCCUUCCUCAAGGAGUACUACAGAGAGCACAACAUUGAGCUUUCCAAGCUGCUAUACAAGAUGGGCCAGCCUCUGCCCAGCUGGCUGAGAGAGGAACUGGUCAGCAACAGGUAGAGGCGAUGGGCCGGGCACCUGGAAAACAGGGCAAAUCGGAAGUACCCUCCGCCCCCUAUGAGGGCAGGGACCGGUGCUGCCGGCCCGGGAGCCGAAAGACGAGCGGAGCCAAAGUCCCCCCCGCGCUCCAGAGACCGCGGGAAGCCCGAGGUCGGCUGCGAGCUCCGGGUGGGACCGGAACGGAGAGGAAAGGGUGAUCCGCAAUGGAUCAGGCCAAGACUUUGUGAAGAACUGCUGUUGAAUUCCUGCAACUACCCCCUUAACAAAGGUCUCUCUUUGCAUCGUGUUGGCAGUGACAGGGAGACAGCGGAAAGCGGGCUGGAGGGGUCAAAUUCUGAAUCCUUGUGUAUGCCCCCUCCGUUUUUCAUUUACAGAGACAGAAUACACACACACACACACACACACACACGGGGCAGCAAAUAGUAUUUUGGAUGUAAGAUUUCACGUUACGAUGCCAGUGCUUAUCUAAGCUAGCCAUUAAAAUAGUGAGGAGUGCCAGAAAGGAUUUAUGUAAAUUAUUUGUUUGAAUUCCCCCCCCCCCCCCCUUUUUUUUUUUUUUUUUUAAACAAACUUGACCUGUUGAGGUUGGUAUGGCACUAGAAUAUAUUAAGGUAACUGCUAAAUAAAUGACAAAAUCUUUUCUUUUUUUUUUUUUUUUUUUCCCCCUCCCCUCCC